AUGAUUUUGGUAAUUUUUAAUGUCAUUCUCGUUGUUACUGGUUCGACUGGAAGCUCAGUUAUCCUAGCAGUGCAGUUUCUGGACUGGCUGAAGACUGAUCAUCUGAGCCCAGUUGACUUAAUCAUUAUCUCUACUGGGUUUGUAAACUUACUUCUCCAAGGAUCUUUUGCCUGCAAUGGGAUCUGUUUUCUCCUGUUUGUGGAAAUUUAUGUUCAGGUCUGGAUAGUCAAUCCAUUGGUUGCUUUUAUGAAUUCAAUGGCAUUUUCCAGUCUCUGGUGCUCCACUACUUUGUGCUUCUAUUAUUAUGUGAAGAUCAUCAAUCUCAAUGGGACAAUAUUCUACAAGCUAAAAGCAAAGCUUCCAGUAAUUGUUCCUUGGCUACUCGUUUUCUCAUUUGUAAUAUCUUGGUCUACUGGACUGCCAGCCUACUGGGACAUAUAUAGACACAGUUCAUUUCCCACUGAUAAUGCUACAAAUGUAUCAACAACUCAUCUCUUGAAUUUUAAAAGCCGAUGCAACUGUCUGUUUAAGAUAUACAUUGGGUUAUCUGCAGUGGCUUUCACAAUCAUCCUUUUCACUGCUGGGGGCUUCAUCAAGUCUGUUUACAAGCACAUGACACAAAUGAAAAAAAACAAUGAAGGUUUGAGACCAGGAAAGUUAUCAGCUCAUAUAUCAGCUGCUAGAACUGUGACUUUACUUCUUAUAUUUCACCUAAUUUUCUAUGGAAUGCUUAAUGUCAUAUUUACUGGAACACAAGACAUAGGGAGUAUACUGUUCAGUGUUUCUUAUACAGUGGCUUCUAGUUUCCCAACAGCCAAUGCAAUUGUUUUGAUUUUGGGAAAUAGAAAGCUAUCAAACAAGUUGAGGUAUGUCUUGGGUAUGAAAUCGAUUUCUAGCAAUAUUGAGGUUUCUGUCACUACAUGA